AUGCAUUUAAUGAAUAUAGUUUGUUCCAAGUCUCUGAAUGAUGAUCGUGAUGGUGAUAAUGACGAUGUCGGUGAUCAUAGAGAAAGUUUAAAAACUGUUGAAGCUGUCAUUAAUAAACUAACCCGUAUGACUCCACAGGAUUUAAUCACUGUUAUUAACAGUCCACAUAUGGAUACACUGUUUCGAUGUUGGCCUACUGAUUAUAUUAUGGAGUUGAUAAGCAUUGUGAAUAAGAUAUCAGAGAAUGGAAUCAGUUCAGCAGGUUCACAUUUAGCUGGAGUAUUAAUCAAUCGAGGCUUGUGUGAUCAUAUUGGAGAGUUAACUAAUAUUAUUGAACCUAUAUCACCAACGUUUUUGGCUGGUAGUUCUCGAUAUCCACUGACGGAAUCUUCUUUCCUGUCAACACUUGAAUUUAUGAAAACUACUGAUCCUGAGCAUAUUCCUGAUUUCUUGGAUAAUUGUUUACGUGUUGCAGCGGAAUCCCCUGUAGCAAGUAACAAACUGACUGGUUUAAUACGUACAAUGGCUUCAUCAAUGGCUUCUAAUAAAGAUUUGUUGAAAUCGAUCGCUCCGUCAACUGUUCAGCUGAUUAGAAGUCAUUUAGCGAAAUCUGAUAAGAUCCCAGAUGAUAUUCUUCAGACACUGAACUCCAUUCUUCACGAAGACAGUAAUACUACUAAUAAUAAAGACAAGUAAUAAAUAUGGAAUACAUGGUAGUAAUAAUAAUAAUGUCUCAAAGUUAACAAGGUGAACAGCAACACUUUGCAGCAGUCAUCGUUAAUCGUCGUAGUUUAUUAAGUCUCCCCACCCCCCUCCAUCGUCUUUGUAAAACCUCUCUACACACUACCGGCGUGGACGGAGGGAGGAUUUUUUCUUUUUUUGUUUUUUUGCUCACAGGAAACUUGAACUAAUGACACACACAUCUUUGCAAUGCUUAUUUCUGUACGUAUUCAUCAUUCUUCAACAAAACG